UGAGAGCUAACAUGUAACAGCUUUUUUAUAUACCAAGUGGAAAAAUUAAAGACUUUAAGCGAUAUUAAUGUAAUAGUUAAACAAAACAAAAUUGUGCCAAGUAUAUUCACUAUAGUAACUAAAACAACAUCAAAUAAGAGAAAACGAUUACAUGCAAUUAUAUUAUAAAUGACAGUACCCGCAAUGAGAUCCCGAAGUGAGCAGAGAGUAAAAGCAUGGUUUUUAUCAGCGUUGAUGGUGCAUAGUGCUGUUGCAGGGAAUCCAGAUGCAAAGCGGCUUUAUGACGAUUUGCUGAGUAACUACAAUAAACUUGUUCGGCCUGUCGUAAACACCACAGAUGUGCUCAAAGUUUGUAUAAAACUAAAGUUGUCGCAACUGAUUGAUGUGAAUCUCAAAAACCAAAUAAUGACAACGAAUCUAUGGGUUGAGCAGUCUUGGUAUGACUACAAAUUGCGAUGGGAACCAAAGGAAUAUGGUGGAGUACAUAUGUUACAUGUACCCUCAGAUCACAUAUGGCGUCCAGACAUCGUUUUGUAUAACAAUGCUGAUGGUAACUUCGAAGUGACACUAGCGACAAAAGCUACAAUUUACUCCGAAGGAUUAGUCGAAUGGAAGCCUCCCGCUAUUUACAAAUCAUCCUGUGAAAUAGAUGUAGAAUAUUUUCCUUUUGAUGAGCAAACAUGCGUUCUCAAAUUUGGCAGUUGGACGUAUGACGGGUUUAAGGUUGACCUUCGACAUAUGGAUGAGCAACAAGGCAACAAUAUAGUAGAUGUAGGCGUAGACCUAUCGGAGUUCUAUAUGUCUGUCGAGUGGGAUAUUCUUGAAGUUCCGGCUGUCAGAAAUGAAAAAUUCUACACCUGCUGUGAUGAACCCUACUUGGAUAUUACAUUCAAUAUAACGAUGCGAAGAAAAACUUUAUUUUACACUGUUAAUAUAAUAAUUCCCUGUAUGGGAAUUUCUUUUUUGACAGUGUUGACGUUCUACUUGCCUUCGGAUAGCGGAGAAAAGGUCACUUUGUCAAUCUCGAUACUUAUCAGCUUGCACGUGUUCUUCCUCUUGGUAGUUGAAAUUAUACCUCCAACCUCCCUAGUUGUUCCACUCUUGGGAAAAUAUCUCAUAUUUGCAAUGAUAUUAGUGUCAAUUAGCAUUUGUGUUACUGUCGUCGUUCUGAAUGUGCACUUUCGGUCUCCACAAACUCACCGUAUGGCUCCUUGGGUGAAAUGCGUUUUCGUCGAUUUGCUUCCACAAUUCUUAUUUAUAAAAAGACCAAAAUACAACUUCGAAACUAGCAGCGGAAGCGGCCCAUUUGGAGGAAGUUGCCAAAUUCAUGGAUCUGUACCUCCUUUAACGCAGCAUGCUGCAGAAGACUCAGAAACCGUACCUGUUUUCAGUGACGUUACGUCUGAAAUUAAGGUUCAAAUACAUAGAAAUCCAGGUUUCUUACACGCAAAAUGCCCGGCGAAAGUACAUCGAAGCUGCUUCUGUGUACGAUUUAUAGCAGAGCACACAAAAUUGUUAGAGGAUUCUACAAAGGUUAAAGAAGACUGGAAGUAUGUUGCUAUGGUGCUAGAUCGCCUUUUCUUGUGGAUUUUUACAUUGGCCGUACUAGCGGGAACUGCUGGUAUAAUUCUUCAAGCGCCUACUUUAUAUGACGAUCGGAUUCCAAUAAUUGAAAAUAAUGAAAUUGAUUUUUCCGGCAUUUCAGCUGGCCGAUGUCGUCCUUCACAAUAAAAUGUCAUAGUUUGAUAAAUAAUUCAGAUUAGGCUACAAAUUGCAUAUUAUGACGCAAUCUACGUUCUUCAUCAAUCUGAGAUGCCAAAAGUGUGUAGCUACUAUAGUUCAUACCUUAAGAAUUUCUGUUGACUUUAGAGUAAUUUCAAAAGGCCGCAUUCGCCUGAAGCAAAGGAACAACAAAGUUUAUUGAAAGACUUGCACAGGCGAAGCACUUAUUUAUUUACAUACCUUAACAAAAAAAAAUAUUUAAGUAAAGGAAGAAAUUGUGGUUUUACGAAUUUCGAAUGUUUCACCAUUCGUACCUUUUAAUUAUUUCUCACCACUUUUUGAGUAAAACAGGUUGUUGCUGAUUUUGGCGAGUUUAAAUGCUUAAUUGCCGACAGAGUCUUCGAACGAAAUAGUAGGUAGUAAUGAGUGUAUUUAUAUCUUUGUGGAACGUGCGUAGCGUUGGGCGAAUGGAGUCCACAAAUCCUUCCUAAUAAAUUGGUGGAACACUUGACUGACAGUGCUUUCUGGCUAUUCCGGACCCGCUAGACAGGCUAACGGUCUAGAAAGCAGCUACUGCAAUGUCUGGGCCACCUUGCUCAACCCGGUGAGAUGACGAUGUUAAGGGCCGAAAUACUGUCUCCGGCUGAAGGGCGGUAGUGGUCGAGAAUAUGUCUGUUUUACGCCGGUGGCGUAGAUUACCUCAUGAUGCAGGUCGCUGAUGUUGAUCCCCGGACUCUGGAACACAACUACAGCACUGAAGUUCGCGUGCGGCUGGGUGGAGGUCAGUACGCCUUGGGAUAGGGCAAAACAGCGUAUGACCUGGAUUAUGACAAAUUUGUAACACACUACAAGAUUCGCUUUCAGCUAUCAACUGUCCAGUGUUGUUGACUCUCGAUAACAGUCGAAUACUGUUAGUGAAGUAUUGUUAAUGCACAUUCCAGACAAAGCAUAGGAUAUCUAUGUCAGCUUCCUUAGCCUUGUACGAGACCGAAGUAUCCAAACGACCAAUCGAAUAUUUAUUGGUUACAGUUACUUUAUAUUACUGAUCUUGUGUGGUAUUUGACUCUAGACUCUCUUUUCAACGACAUUACUCCAUUUCAAUGCCAUUUUCUGUACUUGCUUUUGUUCGUUGACUCUAAUACUGUCAUAUUACCUCUCUAGUGCGUUCUAAGCUAGAACUCACUGUCUUUAUUUGUAUGCCAUAUAACGCAUGUCCUACUAGUAGACUUGAGCGUGUCCAGGAAGUCUUUGCCCACUAUGCUAUGCGUUCUUGGCAUUUAACUGAUCUAAUUCCAUCGUAUAGAGGUCGGGCCUGUUUCAUUAAUCUAAAUUCCUUAGGCAGUAGAAGUACUAUGCUCUGCCUCACUUUAGUUUUCGGAAAAAUUAAUUCCACUCGAGAAAAUUGAUUUAAACAUUUUUCAGCAAAGGUUACAGAAUCAUGCUAUUUUCAAGGCGCAUUCAGUAAAGGUGGUGGCACUAGACCAACAACAAUAUUUUUUACGUUUGAUUGUCAAAGAAAAGUAUUGGCAAAGUAGAAAACAAGGUAUGAAUUCGCCUUGUUUCAUUCUGGGCUGAUAGCCACAUGGACACGGCGAAAGAAAAAAAAUAAAUCAGCUUAUUUAACGAUACCAUCUUUAAUAGAUUCGCCUUGGAACUAAUUGUGCUUCUAAUCUCCGAUUUCUAAAACUUUGAAAUGAUUUUAAUUCGCUUUCAAAUCCAUUUGGCGUUGACUUUUCUUCCACAAAAUACUACCAUGUUACUAAAUGAAUUGUUUAGCUAGUUUCUAAGUAUUCUCCAAUUUUCUUUAUUUGAAAUUUGUUUGAAAUGUUACGUUUUCGACAUUAAAAUUAAAUAAAUAAAGUAUAAGUUGAAAUUACUUUUAACCGAAUUGUUAAAAUAAAACAUAUUUGUUUAGCAUUAAACUGUUUUUUAUAGCCUGUAAGAAAUGUUGUAUUUCUAGAUUACUAUUGAAUAAAUAAAGUAAAAUAAAUAUCAACUUGCGCUUUUUCACAUUGGAAACUUCCAUAACGACGUCCUUACUUGUUUCUGCAGCCGAAUCGAUGACUAGCAGAAGCUGUAUAUCGGAAGAGAUUAAUCCUUAGUUUAAAGGCAGUACCUUGGA